GCUUGCCACAAAACGGGGCUGUGGGAAGAGGAGAAAGUGCAUCAGUGCGGGGAAAACGAGCCUAGGGGGCACUUCCGAGCCAGCCCAGAGGCUGCGAGACAAAGGGAAGGGAGGACAUGAGCGAAGGUAAAGGGAGAGGACAGGGGAUCAGCUGAGUUCUUUCGCGCUAGAAGAAAAGAAGCCCUUUCCCUCCGGCGCAUCCCUGAGGAGCGCGGGGAGAGGUUGCACCAUCCCUACCCCUUGCUUUGGGCGAGAAGACAAAGCUGCAAGUGGCCCCAUGGGGAAAGGGGGUGAGAAAGGAGGCGAGUCGGGGGAGCCGGAGCCGCAGAUCCGCCGCUACACCUGGGAGGAGAUCCAGAAGCACAACCUGAGGACGGACCAGUGGCUGGUGAUAGAAAGGAAGGUUUAUAACAUCACCAAAUGGGCAUACAGACACCCGGGAGGUCACCGAGUGAUCAGCCACUGCGCCGGGGAAGAUGCCACGGAUGCAUUCCAGGCCUUCCAUAUCAAUCCCACCUUGGUGCAAAAGUUUCUCAAGCCAUUGCUUAUUGGAGAGCUUGCUCCAGGGGAACCCAGCCAGGACCGAGAGAAAAACUCCCAGCUGGUGGAGGAUUUCCGGACCCUGAGGAAGACAGCAGAGGACAUGGACUUGUUCAGAGCAAAUCCUUUGUUCUUCUCUCUGUAUUUGGGCCAUAUUCUUGUAAUGGAAGUUUUGGCUUGGUUAAUGGUUUUGUACUUUGGUACUGGCUGGAUCACAACUCUCAUCCUCUCCUGCAUCCUCACAACGUCCCAGGCCCAGGCAGGGUGGCUGCAACAUGAUUUUGGACACCUGUCUGUCUUUAAGAAGUCUUCCUGGAACCACAUCGUCCACAAGUUUGUCAUUGGACACCUGAAGGGAGCCUCUGCAAACUGGUGGAACCAUCGUCACUUCCAACACCACGCCAAGCCCAACAUAUUCAAGAAGGACCCAGAUGUGAACAUGCUGCAUAUUUUUGUCCUUGGAGACACACAGCCUGUUGAGUAUGGCAAGAAGAAGCUGAAGUACCUGCCUUACAACCACCAGCACGAGUACUUCUUCCUCAUCUUCCCACCUCUGCUCAUCCCUGUGUAUUUCCAAAUCCAAAUCAUCUCGACCAUGAUCAGACGCAGGUUCUGGGCGGACCUGGCCUGGGCCAUCAGCUACUACAUGCGCUACUUCCUCACGUACAUCCCCUUCUAUGGUGUCCUGGGAUCCUUGUCCCUCCUCACUUUUGUCAGGUUUCUGGAGAGUCACUGGUUUGUGUGGGUCACCCAGAUGAAUCACAUUCCAAUGGAAAUUGAUUCUGAGAAGCACAGAGACUGGCUCAGCUCUCAGCUUGCAGCCACGUGCAAUAUCGAGCAGUCCUUCUUCAACGACUGGUUCACCGGCCACCUCAACUUCCAAAUUGAGCACCACCUGUUCCCAACAAUGCCAAGGCACAACUUCUGGAAGGUGAAACCUUUGGUGAAGUCACUAUGUGCCAAGCAUGGAGUCCAAUAUGAGGAGAAGCCUCUUGGGAAAGCAUUUGUGGACAUUGUUGGAUCCCUAAAGAAAUCUGGACAUCUAUGGCUGGAUGCUUACCUCCAUAAGUGACCAUGAAUCUUUCUGGGGAGGUGUGAGUGACUGGGAGG